GAGGCUCAUAUGAUCCGCAUUAAAAAAACAAAUAUAAAAACAGAGAUUAAACAGACAGCACUCAACUCCCUCCAGGAAAAAAACAACUCCAGUUGAUGCAGCUUUGAGGUCCUCGAUUGUUGUUUGCUGUCUGGCCCAGGACCUGCAAACAUACUCAAAUAAAACCAUCAGCAAGCAAACCUACCAAUGUCUGCAGACUCUAUUUAUCUAUUGGAAUGAGGAUUCCACGGAAACUUGAGGUUUGGAGGAUGGGCACCAUGAAUUACUUGCAGGCACUUAAACUGCAGGAGAAGCUGGCGUCUGAUAGAAAGGCCUGUAAGAUAUCUGAUACUUUGUUGGCCUUACAACAUCCACCUACAUAUACCCUUGGUAAACGGCGGACUGAUCACAACUUACUAGUUUCUGAGGAUGAAUUAAAGACUAUGGGUGCGGAACUUCAUUACACCCAAAGGGGAGGGGAUAUUACCUAUCAUGGCCCUAGCCAAGCCAUCUUGUAUCCCAUUAUUUCUUUGCGGGAUAUUGGACUUGGUGCUAGAAACUAUGUGGAGAAACUUGAGUUAACUAUGAUUAAUUUGGCUUCAAUAUAUGGUGUUCAGGCUCGUCCAGGACGAAAAUGUCAGACUGGGGUUUGGGUUGGGGAGGGAAAAAUUGGAGCAAUCGGUGUUAGAAUUUCUUCUGGAAUUACCUCUCAUGGUUUAGCAUUCAACAUAAAUCCCGAUUUAAACUAUUUUAAACACAUCGUGCCUUGUGGAAUUGCAGAUAAAGAAGUCACGUCUCUGAAGAGAGAAGCAAAGUCUGAGCUUCCUCCUGAAGAAGUGAUCGAGGAGCAACUGAUAUCUUCUUUCGCACAAUUAUUUAAUUAUGACAAUGUAGAAUGGAAAGACAAUGGGUCUGCAUUAUAAACAUUUUAUAACCAGUAAUUUUAAAACAGCUUUAAUUGUUUUACAA